AUGGAUGAGAGAUGGAGAAGCUGUGUGAGUAGGUUGUUAAAGUCGUGGACUGGAUACCAGCUAGGGAUCAAUAUGCAGUCUGGUGGUCCGGAAACCAGUGCGAAGGCUCAGUGGUUUUUAGAGGAACUUUCCAAUUUUGUUUUGAACGAACAAGAUCUAGGAGAGGAUGAACUUGCAGAUUGGAUGAAUCAGAUUCUUUUCAAUGAUUUCGACCUUGUUCUUGAGGAUGACAGCACAGACUGGAUUGCCCAAUCUCUUUUGAAUUGUCGGAAGUGGCUCAUAAGUGAUGAAAGUCGAUUAAACAAUUUUUUACACUCUUUGCCUUCUGAAGAUGCUGUACAACAGGCAGCGAGUCAGAGUAAAACUGCAAUUUCGGAAGACUCUGAUUCUGAUAAAGAAAUGAAAGAUGAACCCUUAACUGAGUCGACACCACAAAAAACACGAGCGCAGCAACUGCGUAUGGUCACUGAUGAGGAUGGUUGGACCACUGUAUUGCCUCGGAAGUGA